GACACCACCUGCUGUACCGUGAUGGAGGGUUUCGCCUUCUGAGGUUUUCACGUAUACGGAUCUGUCUCGCAAGAAGUCUGAGAUCCACCCAAGGGCUCUCCCCGUGACGUCCAUAGUAAAAAGCCCAUGAAGCACGUGAUUGUGACUUGUGAUGUCACAGGCUCGCUUGACAUCCAGAAAAACGGCAACCGUCAGGAGGCCGUGAGCACUAGCCUGUUCCACGUGGGAUACUACAUUAAUCACGCAGUCCAUCGUGCUACGUCCCCGUCUAAAGCCAGCCUUCGCUGGAUACAGAAGGCUCCGGGAUUCCAGGAACCAGUCGAGGCAGUUCCGGAUUAGCCUUUCAACAAGUUUGCAGAGACAGCUAGUGAGGCUGAUGGGCCGAAGCGAUGCCAGUUCUCUUGGUGACUUUCCUGGUUUCAGCACCGGGAUUACGCGGGCAGUCUUCCACAUGUCAGAAACAUGGAAGCCUACUUCAAGCAGCUUCUGACCGAUGACUUCAACAAAGAGGCUGUUUACCUGACGCAGUGCAUGAAGAAGAGCGGUAUUGAAGCGGCAAAGAGAAAGAGCAAAGUGUCAUUGUUUGAAGCUGUCGCCGGGGUUGAAGCAUACUCUGGAUACAUCACCGUAGACAAGACGUACAACAGCAACUUUUUUUUUCUGUACACAAAAACAAAGAACGGUAAUGGCAAUACACCGAUAAUCCUGUGGCUUCAAGGUGGUCCAGGGAAGUCCUCCCUGUUCGGACAAUUUUUGGAAAAUGGCCCCGUCGGAAUCAACGGCAGUGGACACUUCUAUGCAAGAGAGCAGAAUCUACAGGCACAAUUUGAUGUGCUGUACUUGGACCAACCGAUUGGCUCUGGCUAUAGCUUCACGAUGAAUACAACGGGAUAUUCGACACGCCUUGAACAUAUCGUGAAGAACAUCAUGAACUUCCUGAAACAAUUUGGGAAUCUAUUUUUAAAAGAUGAGCGUGAUUUUUACGUAGCCGGUGAAGGAUUCGGUGCAAGGGUUGCUGUGGCAUUAUCGCAUCACCUCAUCGAAGCGAAGAAACGUAAAAAAGCAGAGUUGCCUCUCCGCUUGCAAGGGACUAUAUGUGGCGCUGGUCAUUUCGGCCCCGUUCUUCCCGAAAGGGACGUUUCUGACCUCUACCACGAGGCGGGACUCCUCGACCUCAUCGGUUACGACCAAGCGAAACACAACUUCGAGAGUGCUUCUCACCUAAUUGAGACUCAUCAGGCACUACAAUCAUAUGUACUUGUACGUCAGACCUCUAAGUUUCUAGAAAAGUUUACUGGUGCAGAAUAUGACGGAAAUAUUCUACAGCCAUCCAUUCCCCCAGAGCACAAGUACUUCUACAAACUCUGUCAAAGUAAAGAAUUUAAAGUGAUGUUCCACGUCGGCUUGCAGGCCACCUUCAGCACAAUGUCAUCAAUAGUGACUACAUUUCUUAGCGAAGAUUAUACCAGAGAUUUGUCCGACUUACUAAGCAAAGUGCUUAAUAGUGAUCUAAAGGUUCUGGUGUACCUCGGACAGUUGGACCCUCUUCUAUGUAUGCCUUGUAGCGAGAACUUCUUUCGCAGUCUGAAAUGGGACUGUGCUGAAGCAUUUAACACAGCCCUUAGCAAUUUCUGGAGGCUGGAACCAGACGACGAUGACUUUGUUGGCUAUAUUAGGUCUAUUAGAACUUUCACGUUCCUCAUCCUAAAAAAUGUCGGACACUAUCCUGGCUUCGAUCGCGCCGACGUGGUACAGAAAAUGAUGGACAAUUUUGUUUUAGAUCAGCAAUUUCAUCAGGAUCGGGAUAUGGGAGAGUUAAUGAAGCUGUUUCAAAGCAAUCCCCUACCAUCAGCAACAAGGGCAAUAAUAAAUCCGCUCUGUUAUGGAGACAGAACUAGCAAAGUGAAGGAUGCUCCCCUGACGAAGGAUACUGAAUUUAAUUUGAAGCUUCAUGUUUCGUAGAUCGUCUAUUUUAUAACGAUUAUCACGGCUUUUAAUGCAUAUCAUCCAGUUAAAUAUACGUAUCUACUUUCUUCAUAAUGCUGCCUGUAUAAAAAGCUGAUAUGACCACCAUUAUUGGAAAUACGUGCGCCGUGAAUACAGGCCCAUUUUCUUGUGCUUCUGCACUUAGGUUUAGACCAUACAACUGUCUACCACUAUUGUACUUUCAAAUAAAGCUGUGCUGUUGCGAGCAGAGUGUAUGUGUUUAUAUGUUGCUCCGCCUGUUUCCACGCGCGCGCG